CCUCUUAGCCUCAGCAUCCUGAACUGAUAGAAUUAAACAAAUACCACUUUCUUUGAAACCUUCAGCCUUUAAGAACCAGUCACCUCAAGAUCUCAACAUCAUGAUCUCAGUUUCAACACAAUUGUUCCUAGUUCUCUUUUCAUUGCUUUUGGUGCUGCCUGUUGUGGAAGCAGUAGAAGCCGGAGAUGCAAUCGCUCUCUUGCUCGGUGUGGUUCUCAGCAUUACAGGCAUUUGUGCUUGUUUGGGGGUGUAGGCACGAAAGAGAAAUGGACGGAUGAGACUUUGAAGGGCCUCCUGAAUCAAACCUUGCCCUGAAAACCUUUGUGCUAUUGAGGUUCAAACUGAGUUUUGGUCACUGAAAGUUCCCAAGAAACAGUAAAUAGG